AACUAAAAUCCGUUUCUCCAUCGGAUUCUUCUUCUUCUUCUUCUUCAUUUCCCAAAAGCAGAAUCCUUAAACCCUAGCUGAGAAUCUUGGUUUUGCAUUCGAUUUCGGAUCCAUGGCGACGGUUUAUGGAGCUGCAACUACCACUGUGGUACCCAAUGAUCCAAAGAUUCGAGUGCACAGCUUCAUCGGCUUCAAACCUUCGCAUUCUCUCGCUUUCGACCAGAAUCCUCACGUUUUUCUGCCAGUGAAGCCUGACACUGCAACUGAAACUAAGCGCAGUAAAGUUGAAAUAAUUAAAGAAGGAAGCAAUUACAUAAGAUACCCUCUUAAUGAGAAGCUGUUGACAGAUGCUCCCAUUAUUAAUGAGGCUGCCACACAACUUAUCAAGUUUCAUGGAAGUUAUCAACAGUAUAACAGGGAUGAGCGUGGUGCCAAGUCGUAUUCGUUUAUGCUUCGGACUAAGAAUCCUUGUGGAAAACUCCAUGGUGUUCUGAAGAAGGACCUUACGACGGUGAUGAGCAGUAUUAUUAGGAGCAUGGGUUCAACUCUUGGAGCGUGUGGUGAUCUCAACAGAAAUGUUCUUGCUCCUGCAGCCCCAAUUGCAAGAAAAGAUUAUCUUUUUGCUCAGGAAACAGCAAAAAAUAUUGCUGCACUUCUAACCCCUCAGUCGGGGUUCUACUAUGAUAUGUGGGUGGAUGGGGAGAGAAUCAUGACAGCAGAACCUCCAGAAGUAGUGAAGGCUCGAAAUGAUAAUAAUAAUGGAACAAAUUUCCCUGAUUCACCUGAGCCGAUUUAUGGAACUCAGUUCCUGCCAAGGAAGUUCAAAAUUGCUGUAACUGUUCCAGGAGAUAACUCGGUGGAUAUUCUCACAAAUGACAUUGGUGUUGUUGUUGUUACUGAAGAGAACGGGGAGCCUCAGGGAUUCAACUUAUACGUUGGUGGUGGUAGGGGAAGGACACAUAGGUUGGAGACAACAUUUCCCCGUUUGGGAGUACCUCUGGGUUAUGUCCCAAAAGAGGACAUUUUAUAUGCCGUUAAAGCCAUAGUUGUUACACAACGAGAUAAUGGGAGAAGAGAAGACCGCAAAUAUAGUAGGAUGAAAUAUUUGAUAAACUCCUGGGGAAUAGAAAAGUUUAGAAGUGUAGUUGAGCAAUAUUAUGGAAAGAAAUUUGAGCCUUUCCGUGAGUUGCCUGAGUGGGAAUUUAAGAGUUACUUGGGAUGGCAUGAACAGGUUUGUCUUACUAAUUAGAGAUAUGCCACGCAAUCUCUCUUUAUCUUAUGACCUUAACUUCAUAAAUUGAUUCCUGUUAGUAAAGGUGUUCGUAAUGUGGUUUGGUUUGAUUUUAAUAUUUUUUAAAUCAAUUCAAUUUAAUCGGUUAAUAAAAUUUUUGAACCAAU